AUGAACCAAACACCAGGAGUAAAUGUCGUAGGAACUCGAGCAACCGGCUCUUAUCCCACAGCCUGUGUCUGCUGGAAUUGCCACAAACAAGUUGUUACCCGAGUGGAAAAGAAAAAUGGUCUUUUAACAUGGCUUAUUUGUGGAGGCACAUGUUUAGUCGGUUGUUUUUUCGGUUGUUGUCUGAUCCCAUUCUGCGUUGAUGCAUGCAAGGACACAGUUCACAUUUGCCCAAAUUGUUCCACUGUACUUGGUGAAGAAAAAUAUCGACAAUUAAGUCAAAUCACAAUAGCUCACCGCGUAUGUGGAUUAAUCGUAUGUUUCUGGGCUGUAGUUAAUUGCCCAUAUUUGAUUUAUUACACACAUAUUCAAUCUUCUUCAGUGGAGAAUCAAAUAACUUGUUCGACAACUAAUAACGCUUUCCUACAAUAUGUUAAUUAUGUUUCGGCUAUUUCAUUAGGAAGAAUUAUGCCAUUGAUUAUUAUGGGUAUAUUUGGUUUUCUAUCUCACAAAAAUAUCCAAAGAUUGUCUCACCGAACACUACCAAUCAUUCGACGCGAGCUUGAUAAACAAUUAACUGUGAUGAUAUUUACACAAGCUAUUGUUGCUUGUUUGAUUAUUUCGCCGUAUAUAGUUUUGUAUUUUGUUAUGAUGACACCAAAUUUGGAUUCGAAUACGUUGACACAGCUAAAAUUUGUUUCGUCGCUCUGUUCAGCGAUUUACUAUUUAUAUUUUUCGAGUCCAUUUUACAUUUAUUUCUGUUCAUCGAGUCGAUUUCGUCGACAGUUGAAAUAUGUGGUGUUCGAUAUUUAUGUUCGUCAAUGCCGACCACAGCAGGUUCAUCCAAAUCAAGUCGAUCCUCAGAUUUCAUAG